CUGUAUUGCUUAAUUGAGAAGGUAUACAAAUGCUCUCAGUCCAGCCAGACACCAAGCCGAAAGGGUGUGGCUGCAACCGUAAAAUCAAGGACCGGUAUCUACUGAAGGCCCUGAAAUAUUGGCAUGAAGACUGUCUGAAGUGUGCUUGCUGUGAUUGUCGUUUGGGAGAGGUGGGCUCCACCCUGUACACUAAAGCAAACCUUAUCCUUUGUCGCAGAGACUAUCUGAGGUUAUUUGGCGUAACGGGAAAUUGUGCUGCUUGCAGUAAGCUUAUCCCUGCUUUCGAGAUGGUGAUGAGAGCCAAGGACAAUGUUUACCACCUGGACUGCUUUGCAUGUCAGCUUUGUAAUCAAAGAUUUUGUGUCGGAGACAAAUUUUUCUUAAAGAAUAACAUGAUUCUUUGCCAGACGGACUAUGAGGAGGGUUUGAUGAAAGAAGGUUACGCACCCCAGGUUCGCUGAUCUAUCAACGUCACCCCACUAAGAAUACAAAGCACUACAUUCUUUUAUCUUUUUUGCUCAAAAAUGUAUAUAAGAAUUGACACAGGAACUUAUUCGAUAGCGUAGAUAUAGAGAAAACAGGAUGAUCGUGUGGAAUAAAAGGCGGACUGCAACUGUAUGUAGUGAAAUUGCUCCCGUUCAGAGUUGAAUGUUUAUUAUUAAAAAAAAAACAAAAGGUAAUGUACAUAUCGUCAGAUUCUCUUGCUUGCUCUUUGUUUUGUGUCAUUUGGCAUGAGAUGUUUAUUUUGGACUAUUGUAUAUAAUGUAUUGUAAUAUUUGAAGCACAAAUGUAAUACAGUUUUAUUGUGUUACCA